AUCUAAAAUGACACGGGGUUUGAAACUCGAAACUGACUGGAUUGCCUGGGUGCUGUGUCUCGUGACCAUUGUGCGGUGCGGUGCAAUGACACGAACCCUCUGCUGGAAGUAAGAGGUACGGCGGGCGACCAAGUAAGUUAAUUGAUCAGUCCCAGAGGAGACUGCGAGUAGGCAAAGGGAGCAGGACCGCUUUCAAAAAGUUUCUCCAAAACGAGGAGCAACAAGAAUAAGUAGAGCACUUACGCUCUUAAACUCUCUCAAGCGGAGGGGACCACAGUUCUACAAGGGCUCCUUUACACGACGGGACCAGUUUUCGCCGACUCCGAAAUUAUAGAUAGGCACCAAUUCAUUUGUGCAUUUUGGGAUAUAACAUCUUGGGCUGAACAUGUAUUCACAAGGUCUUCUCGUUUGGUGUAUGACAGCUUUCAACACAGUAUACUUAACGUCUUCUGUGGACCUACAGCCGGAUAUGCCUAACGUGUGUAAGGAGCAGGAGCUCUCCAUGACAGGCCUGCGGCAGCCAUGUGUGCAGGCUUUCGCUCGGAUGGUGAAGGUCUGGAAGCAGGGCUGCAGCGGUCACCGCUGGUGUAUGGGGUAUGAGAGGAGGACAGCGUACUACACAGCCUACAGGCAGGUGUACAAUAUGGCGGUUCACACGGUGUACCGCUGCUGUCCUGGGUGGACCCAGCAGGGAGAGGAGAAGGGCUGCCUGCACAGGGUGUGUUCUGCAGGCACAUGCUUUAAUGGGGGCAGGUGUUCAGAGAGUGGGGAGCAGGUGUGUCAGUGUCCAGGAGGGUUCCAGGGAACGCGCUGCCAAUACGAUGUGAAUGAGUGUGCGGCUGAGAACGGAGGCUGUGAGGGCCAGUGCUGCAACACCAUCGGCAGCUUCUACUGCAAGUGUCCCGAGGGCCAGCGGCUGGGCCAGGACGGCAAAGCCUGCCAGGAUGUGGACGAGUGUGAGGAGCUGAACGGAGGCUGUCAGCAGACCUGUGUGAACACGGCUGGGUCGUUCUACUGCGAGUGCAGCGAAGGCUUCCGCCAGCACACAGACGGGCGCACGUGUAUCACGGUGAGCUCCUGCUCGGUGAAAAAUGGCGGCUGCGAGCACAGGUGUGUGGACAUGGGUAACGACCACUACAAGUGUGAAUGCCGGCGGAACUACCAGCUCAAGAGAGACGGCAAGCACUGCGAGCUGAAGGACCCCUGUGUGCACAGGAACGGAGACUGUGCCCAGCACUGCAGCAGUGAGGACGGGCUGGCAGUGUGCAGCUGCAGGGCUGGCUACAGACUGGCUACUGACCGCAAAGGCUGCGAAGACGUGGACGAGUGCCGCUCCGGGCAGGCCCGAUGUGCACACCGCUGCGUCAACGUCCCGGGGUCCUUCACCUGUGUCUGCAACCCCGGGUUCGAGCUGGGAGCCGACGGGAAGCAGUGCUACCGCAUCGAGAUGGAGAUCAUCAACAGCUGCGAGAGGAACAACGGCGGCUGCUCCCAUCACUGCGAGCACACCACCAACGGCCCCCUCUGCUCCUGCAACCACGGCUACCAGCUCACCCGCGACAGGAAGAACUGCGUAGACAGUGAUGAGUGUGAGAGCGGAGAGGCCUGCUGCAGCCAGUACUGCAAGAACUACCCCGGGGGGUACGAGUGCAGCUGCAGGGCGGGGUACAGGCUCAGCACCGAUGGCUGUGGCUGCGACGAUGUGGAUGAGUGCUUGGCCGAGAGCUCUGGCUGUGACCACGUCUGUGUGAACACCCUGGGGAGCUUUGAGUGCCUCUGCCAAGGGGGGUUCCGCCUGGACUACGACCAGCGCUCGUGUGUCCCUCUUUACGGCAGCGAAUCGGUCGAAGACGAGGAAGACGAGGAGGAGGAGGAGGAAGAUCUGGAGGUGGUGAGACUGCCUGGCCUGCUGUUCCGCAGGCCGCCGCAGCUCCUGCACUACACCGCCGCCCUGCACUCCCCCUUCAGCGGCAAGGACGGGGGCGGGCCCCGGCAGCACCUGCGGGGGGAGCUGUCGCUCGCCAGCCGCAUCGUGUGUCUGGAUGACACCUUCGGUGACGACUGCAGCCUGACUUGUGGGGACUGUGAAAACGGGGCAGUGUGUAAUCCAGACAGGAAUGGCUGCGACUGCUCACCCGGAUGGACCGGCAUCAUCUGCAAUCAGACCUGUCCACAGGGGACUUUUGGCCCCUCCUGUAACAGUAUCUGUCGGUGUCAGAACGGGGGCUCCUGCGACCCCGUGACCGGAAGGUGCCGCUGUCCCCCGGGGGUCCAGGGGACGCUCUGCGAGGACGGUUGCCCCCAGGGCUAUUUUGGGAAAAACUGCCUGCGUAGGUGCAAGUGCCCCAACAAUGGGCGCUGCCACAAGCUGUACGGGGCGUGCCUGUGCGCCCCAGGACUGUACGGCCGUUUCUGCCACCUGCCUUGUCCGCGGUGGAGCUAUGGCGCAGGCUGCUCUGAAGAAUGCCCCUGCGUGGUGCAGAACUCUCUGGGCUGCAACGCCACGGACGGGACGUGCACAUGCAAGCCUGGUUACCAGGGUAACACCUGCCAGAGAGACUGCGACUCGGGGUUCUUUGGCGCCGGAUGUGGACAGCGAUGUAACUGCACCGUGGAGGCGCAGUGUGAUGCCCAGAGCGGCCUCUGCACACUGAGCUGUCCCCCAGGAUUCCACGGGGAGCAAUGUCACGAAGCCUGCGGUGCUGGACGCUUUGGAGAGAACUGCCAGCAGGAGUGUGACUGUGGGGGGGCGUCCUGUGACCCCCACACUGGCCAGUGCAUUUGUCCGGCGGGGAAAACCGGGUCCACCUGCCAACAAGACUGCCCUGAAGGAUUCUGGGGUGUCAACUGCCAGCUGCCCUGUGCCCCCUGUGGGAAUGGGGGGUCCUGCAAUAGACAGACGGGCCUCUGUGACUGUGCUCCUGGCUUCACUGGAAAGUACUGCCACAACGCUUGUCCCGCUGGGCGUCACGGGCAGGACUGCGCGCACCCGUGCACCUGCCACCCCGACGCCCGCUGCGACCCUGUGACUGGGGAGUGCUCCUGUCCCCCCGGGCGUACGGGCCACGACUGCAACACCUUAUGUGAGGAGGGGUACUGGGGCAUAGCGUGUGCCCGGCCGUGCCAGUGUGCCAACAGUGCCCUGGCGUGCGAUCCUGUGAGCGGGCAGUGUGCGUGUGAGGCGGGGUUCGCCGGGGACCACUGUGAGCAGAAGUGUCCCGAGGGCAGGUUUGGGCAGGGCUGUGAGCUGGCUUGUCAGUGUGAGAAUGGGGCCAGCUGUGAUCAUGUGAGCGGAGCCUGCACCUGCUUGGCUGGCUGGGCCGGGACUUACUGCGAGAGAGAGUGCCCGGGCGGGUUUUACGGCCUGGACUGCGGCCAGAUGUGCGAGUGCAGGAACGCUGCCCGCUGCCACCACAUCACAGGGGCCUGCCACUGCUCCCCGGGCUGGGCCGCAGCCCAGUGCACCCUGGCUUGUCCUGCUGGAUCCUAUGGAGCGGACUGCAGCCAGCUCUGCCUGUGUCAAAAUGGCGGCUCCUGCGAUCACGUAACGGGUCGAUGUUCCUGUCCUGUGGGCUGGAGCGGGUCAGCCUGCGAGUCGGGGUGUGAGGAGGGGCGAUAUGGAGCAGGAUGCUCACAGACCUGCAGCUGUCUGAACGGAGGGUCAUGUGACAGACUGACAGGAGAGUGCACCUGUCACCCAGGGUGGACUGGGGAUCACUGUCAGACAGCCUGUUUGCCAGGGUUUUUCGGGAGCGGCUGCACUCAGCUGUGCGAGUGCCCAGUCGGAGCGUCCUGCCAUCAUGUGACGGGGGUGUGCGGGUGCCCCGCGGGCCUGUUUGGGAGCGGCUGCACACAGACCUGUCCCACUGGCACAUUUGGUCAGAACUGUACAGAACUGUGUACAUGCUCUGGGGAGCAUGAGCAAUGCCACCCGGGCACAGGGGAGUGCACCUGUCAACCUGGUUACCAUGGACACCACUGCAAACUCAGGUGUCCAGAGGGGACCUACGGCCCACACUGUAGGGAGAAAUGCAGAUGUGCCAGCGGGGGGCGCUGUGACCCCUCCACAGGCACAUGUGACUGUCCAGCUGGCUUUGUGGGGGCCGACUGUAGCCAAGGAUGUCCCGCUGGACACUACGGAAGAGACUGUGCCCUGCUCUGCUUGUGUGGUGAAGGGGGGCACUGCCACCCAGUGACGGGGAGGUGCGUCUGCGCCCCAGGCAGGACGGGACAGUCCUGUGAACAAGAAUGCUCCAGGGGGCGCUAUGGAGAACAGUGCCGGCAAUUCUGCAAGUGUCAGAACAGGGCCGUGUGUGACCCCCGGAACGGGACCUGCACGUGCGGGCUGGGCUGGACCGGGCCUCGCUGUGAGACGGCAUGUGCCUCUGGGAAGUACGGUGCCAACUGUGAGCAGAGCUGCAUGUGCCAGAACAACGGGUCAUGUGACCGGUUUACAGGCUGCUGCCACUGCACUGCCGGACACUACGGACACUCCUGCCAGUACAGAUGUCCGUCCGGAUUUUUCGGACUGCACUGCGUCCACCGAUGCGACUGUAAGAACGGUCAAGCGUGCCAUCAUGUGACUGGGGAGUGCCUGUGUCCCCCAGGCUUCCAUGGCUCUCAGUGCCAGAAACGAUGUGAGGAAGGCAGAUUUGGGGAGAGCUGCGAGCAGCAGUGUGACUGUGAUGGGGCCGGUCCCUGCCAUCCAGUGACAGGACAGUGCCUGUGCCCACCAGGGAGAACGGGAGACAGAUGUGAGAAAGAUUGUGAAGAUAACCGCUUCGGUCCCGGCUGCUCCCUGCCGUGCCAGUGCGCUCCUCGGGCGCGCUGCGACGCCCGUAAUGGGCGCUGCAUGUGCCCUGUCACCUGGACGGGGCCCACCUGCGCGGAAGGGGGACCCCCAGAACCGGCCCAGAAGCACAGCCAGCUGCAGGGGGGUCAGGCUGAAGGAGCGCAGUCCUAGUCCUGCUGCAGCCAUGGUGGACCUGAAGUCCUCUGGAUCACCAGGCACCCACCCUCCCCUCCAAAAAUUCCAAAAUAGGAAGAGCCCAGCAGUUCUGGGGAACGGGGGUAGGGGCAGAGCUGUUUUUUUUUUUUUUUUACACAAAUGCACAGUGUGCCACGUGUGGGAUGCAGGGCUCUACAGAUGAAGGAAGAGAUCCUGCCACGUAAAAACUUGCACAAUAGCUAGUGGCAACACAGUGUUACUCCUCGGAGCGCAAACAAAAGGUUGUCCAACUGACCGGCUCAGUACCACAAUAACCACAUCCCCGUUUCACACGCCACAAAACCCCAAUUUCAACGCCAAAUAUCCCCCUACCUGAAUAGCACCCCUACCUGAAAAGCCCUCCCAUUCCUGAAGACCAAUCCCCCCAAACCUGGCAUCUGAAUAUGUACUCGAUAAUUACCCCUCACUGAAUGAGACAUGGGCAUUGGCUAAACUCAGAUAAUACUCAUGUAAAUACUGUGGGAUAUUAGGAUAUUGUUCCUAUUAUCACCCAUUAACAACCACUGUAGUCUUUAAGUGUGUUGAAAGGUACUUCUCCUGUGGUUAGUAUGAUUUUGUGUACAGUAGCUGCUUAAAUGAAUGCUCCACUGUUAUUUAAUGUUGUAAAUUUUAAUAAGGAGUUUUUUCACAAAUGCAAGUGGCACAAACAAUGCUGUGAAGACCUAACUUGAAGUAAUAUCAUACUCCAUCUAUGAAAGGGUCAAACCAUAUUGAAGGACUAACAUAUCUGUGCCUUGUAUAGCAUUCCUGUUAAAUGUUUUGUGUAAAUAUCCUGUUGAUUACAGAUCAUUAUCAAUUAUUAGAGGAUAAAAAAACACCACUAUAACAAAUACAGUAAGACCUAUUACUUGGUUUUGGUAUUUUGUGUGCCAGUAUGUUAUCUAUAAAUUAAAUGCUGGUUCUCAAAUUGUUAACCUCAACAUUUGUACAUAUGAAUAUUUUUACAAUACUGUUUCGCUGAGGACAUUUUUACCAGUGUUUUUCUCAGGACUUAAAUACUCCCAUCACAGUGAUCGCCCGCAAGGGGGGAAAUGGUGCUAUUUGAUCAUUAAUAAUUGUAAUAAAAAAAGCAAAAAAGUAAUAAAACUUAUGUUUCUAAAAAAAACA